AGGAACACAACUUUUCAGACUUCGGUACAUGGAUUUAUCAAUGAUGAUAAGAACCCAAGAGGAAUAUGGAGUCUUUAAAAUUGAAGACUGUAAAAGUGGAAUCUCUAUGGACCUCUUCCUGCACCUUUCACUCAUACCUGCAGUGUUGAUCUCAGUGGUGCUCUCAUUCCUCCAGAGGAGAGUCAAGAGAUUGGCCAUCGACCACAGACUGCCCUUCCUUGGGGGACGUUUUGCAAUUGUGGUGCCUUUGGACACCAUAGGCAGCCUCAGUAACCGUUGGUCCUAUGGGUUUGCGUUUGGUGCCGUCUCCUCCAGCGUCCUGCUGCUUUUCUCUGAACGUUACAUCCCCUUCACUGUCCCAUCCUGGGCCAGAGCUAUAGUGUAUCUGGUUGGAGCAUUAGAGGUGGGCCUGGUCUAUUUCCCGUUCUUUGCCUGUCUGUCCACACCUUUCAGAGCGGCUGGGGCACUGCUGGGAAUAUUCUACUCUCUGGCCUGGAUCAUCGUUACAGUCUGGGAUACAUUCACAUGUCCCAAUGGUAAGAUUCUGGGUAAAUACCAGAAGGUGAUUGUCCAGUGGCCCUGCAUCCUCUCCCUCAUCUUCCUCUUGGGACGAUUCAUCUACAUCCUGGUUAAAGCUAUCCGAAUACAUCUGCAGUUGGAACAGGAGGACCCUGAGGAGCUGAUCGAGCUACACCAGGUGCAGCAUGUCAAGAGACUGCUGAGGAAAACACCUGCACACAGUAAGCCCCUCAGCUGGUUUCAGAGAAAAGUGUAUGAGUGGGACCCCCACUUCAAGUUCCCCAACAGGAUCAUCGGCACAGUCAUUAUAUCCCUUAUAGGCCUUUAUACGAUGACCCUGGCAGACUACAGUCUCAGUAAUGUGACUUUUGACAAAGUGGACAGAUGGAAGAAUACACUCAAACAUCUGGUUACCUCUUGUAACCAGACUGAGGCUCUGGGAGUCAUGAUACCACAACUGGAAGAAUUUAUCCACGUGGCUAGGAAGUCUUGGCUAGCAACCACAAUCUUUGCUAGUCUCAACUCUGUAGCCUACUGCUUCCAUGUCUUAGCAUGUUACAGAAAACACUUGAAGAGGCUGUGGAGGGGCCAGAAGGGUUUUCUUCCUGAGAAGUUUCACAACCCUAACUCUGCUGUUAGCGUAGCUUCCAUUGCAAGAUACUCAGGUUGGCAAAUCGCAUUUACACUGUGGGGCUACCUGAUUGUCCAUUUUGUCCACUUCCUGUUUGCGUUGCUGUUGGUCUAUCUGCUGGUUCUCCCCAUACAGCACGGAAGAGUACUGAGCAUGCUCAGCAACCUGGGGAUUAUACUGCUGACCAUCGGUCUGGUCGUCGCCCUGGUGAUUCUCCAGGUAGCUCUGGUUCAGAUUUUCUUUCUUCAAGACAAAAUGUCUCCGACUGAUAAACACAAACCUCUGGCUCUCAACAACAGGAAGGCGUUCCACUGCUUUAACUACUUCUUCUUUUUCUACAACGUGGUGAUGGGGAUCAGCAACUGCAUAUUGAGGUUGCUGUUCAGCAUUGUGACGGGAACAUGGCUCGUGUCCCGCAUAGACCGCACCAUUAUGCAGAGAGGAUAUGAAACCAUGGAUGCCGGUUACAGCACUUGGAUUGGUAUGAUUUUUGCUGACCACUAUCAUAACAAUCCGGUCAUGGUGUGUUUCUGCCAGCUGCUGGUCUCCAACUUGCUGGAGAGACACACCCCAUCCGCAUACUUCACAUUCAGCAACGAGCAAUCUGAGUCCCCUUUGAACAGCCAGGCGAGGAGGCGCUGGAUGUUGUAUUAUUCCUUACUAAGGAACCCUUAUCUGAUCCUGCUCAGGAAGCACCACCUCUCCUCUCGUUCAUUAGUACAGUCAGACACAGUGGUGCACACUUGUGUCAUGGUUUCUCAAACAGAGAGCCUCCAAAUAGAGUCACUACCGGAGAUUAUCAUCACACCAGCAGAGGACUGUUAAAGAAACAUUUCCAUACUUUGUGAUAAUGUGAUGUUUUCAAUGAGUCUUUUUCAGAGGCUGUCUAGCUCAAACAUCUGACUGACACGUUAUAAUCCAGUUCAUGUGAUCAAAUAUUAGGUCUCCUUUGUAUCGGCUCAGUAACAGCAUUCAUCCACAGGGAAUUUGACUUAAAAAAAACGUGUGAACUUAUACCAUAGAUUGAUUGUAUUAGUGUUUAAAUUAUGUUAAGUUUUGAACUGCUGUACAGUAUAAAGACACAGUCAAUAAACUGUGAACCUUUUGUACAUAGUCACAAUAUCCUCUGUGGCACAUACUAAUGGAUGCGGUGCACUACAGCUGGCCUUUUUUUUUGUCUAAUAAUGUGUUUAUUAAAAUCACGUGAGGUACACCACACAACCAUUUGGCUUGUCAUUCUAGGUUUUGUUACAAAUGUAAAUGGUUAUAAAUGUUUAUGCAAUGGUGCUGUAUAUUCUCAAUACACAUAUGAUUUGUGUUCUGCAUAGCCUACAAUGGGACUGAACACAAGUGUAAGCUUCUAGUUUGUAUUGGGGAGUUGUAAAUGUGUUGUUUCUGCACAAACAAAUGCUGUCAGUUGAAAAUAAAAAACACACUGCUAAAA